GUUAUCACCUACCAGACAUGGCUGAUGUGUUGAGGAGUCUUAACCUGCUGGAAACACUAAAGGAGUCUAUUGAAAAGAACAACAUUUCGGAUAUAAGAGAUGCAAUGGAGGACAUGCUGAUCAGCAGAAUCAACAUUGCGAUCAUUGGGGACAGAAAUGCAGAAAAAGCUACUUUUAUAAAUUCACUUCGAGGUCUGAGCCAAGAAGAUGAAACCGCAGCCCGUACUCCAUCAUCCUCUGCCCCAGAAGAUCUAGCCGUAUUCCCGAAUCCAAAGCAUCCUGACUUUCGCCUUUGGGAUCUGCCAUCCAUCUCUAGCAAUGCUUCUUUUGAGGCUGAGGAUUAUGUAGAGCGUUUCAAAGUUAUGAGAUACAACUCCAUCAUUUUCACAUUCACAGAGAAACCUAGUGUUAACAGUGUGGCGGUGUGGAGGGAAGUGAGGUCGCUGCAGAAAGAGACGGUUUACUUCAUCUUACUAUCAUCUAUGAAGGAUACUGAGAAAACAUUGGAGGCGAAGAAGACGGCAAGCUUAGAAGUGCUCAAGGCAGAAGGUGUUCCUCUGCCCAAGGUGUUUCUGGUACAACCUUCAGCUUUGGAGAAGCUGGACUUUCUGAAGUUUUUAGAGGUCAUGCGAUGUGACCUUCCAGAGAUCAGAUCGCAUGCUCUUCUUCUAGCACUUCCUACAUUCUCCAACUCCUUGGUCACUCAGAAGAAAGAUGCCUUUAAGGCACUGGUGUGGGCCGCUGCCUCAUUAUCCGGUGGCGUUUCUGCCAUUCCCGUACCUUUGGUGGCCUCCAUGGUGGACGCUACGGUGGCCAUACGGAUUCUGAACAAGGCUCAGAUCUCACUUUGCCUGGACGACGAGUCUCUGCAGCGGCUGGCGAGGCAGCGGGGUCUCGACCCAGCCAGGCUGAAGGCCCUGCGGACCUGUGCUCUCUCUGUGGAGGUCAGCAAGAGCGAAGUUAAAAGACGACUCGCGCAAGUCGAGAAAGACACCAGCACAGCAACCACCAGACUUGUGGAACUAGCCAUGCCGAGACACACCAGAUCCGUCAGUCGAUCUUUCACCGUUAUGCUGCAGGCACUCAACACUGCUAUUGACGAUAUGGGUGCUGAUGCUGAGAAGGUGGUUGCUAUGGUAACAGGAGAGGGACCGUAGAUUGAGCAGUAUCAAUACACAAACUUACAUCAUGCUCUGUACAUUCAACUUAGACUGAUAACUAAAUGGGCUAUAGCUAUAUCAUUUAAACUAUAAGCAAUGUAUUAAUUUAAAAAGAAUAACGCUCCUCAUUUUCAUUAUUUAGUUGAUUAAUAUGCCCUAUAAUAUUAGAUUUCGAUGCAGUUCAU